AAGUGAGGGCUCGCCUCACUACAGCUUUCUAGUUCCUGAGUUACAUGUAGAGCGCAUUCCAUUUGCUCAAAAUCAAGAUUGCAAGAUGGUUGUCGUGAAUAAAGAUGAUAUUACGCCUGUUUAUGAAGCAGUUCGAGAUGACAAUAACGACACUAAUUGGCUUGUUCUGAAGUAUACAGACACGGAAAUAACUGUGGAUUCACAAGGCACAGAUUACGAAGAAUUUAAAUCAAAAUUUCAGGAUGAUGAACGUGCAUUCGGCUAUGUCAGACUGAUAACCGGGGACGAAAUGAGCAAGCGUGCCAAAUUUGCUUUAGUUACAUGGAUAGGUAAAAAUGUAAAGCCAUUGCAGAAAGCCAGAGUAUCAACGGAUAAAGCCUUCGUAAAAGAAGUUCUAAGGAUUUUUGCUCUCGAGGUAUCGGCUGAUGACGUCUCGGAUAUAACCGAAAACAAGAUUCGUGAUGCUGUUGUAAAGGCUGGAGGUGCAAACUAUGGAACAGGAAAUUGAACCUCUAGUCAAAGAAAUUUUAAGAAACUUUAUUGAAACAUGAAUUUCAAUAUGGGAGUGAAAAAGAGAAAUUGCUUUAGGAAAAUGCCUUAUCUAUUCUUGUGAUAUAUAACAAUUGUUUCGAUUGUAUAUGAAUCUCGUCUUCAAAUGAAAAAAAAAGAAGAUUUUUAUGUUUCUUAA